UCUAGAGCAGAAAGUGAAGAAAACUAAAAUCAAGUUUAUUGUAUUACAAUACUAUGUCAUAACAGUCAGGUAAUUAAUUUUCCACUUGUUUAUCAAGAUGGAAAGUUCAGAUUCUAAUGAUAAAGGAAGCGAUCAGUCUGCAGCACAACGCAGAAGUCAAAUGGACAGACUGGAUCGGGAAGAAGCUUUUUAUCAAUUUGUAAACAACCUAAGUGAAGAAGAUUAUAGACUUAUGAGGGAUAACAAUUUACUAGGCACCCCAGGUGAAAGUACAGAGGAAGAAUUGCUGAGGAGACUGCAACAAAUUAAAGAGGGACCUCCACCACAAAACUCAGAUGAGAAUAGAGGUGGAGACUCUUCCGAUGAUGUGUCCAACAGUGAUUCUAUAAUUGACUGGCUUAACUCUGUCCGACAAACUGGAAAUACAACACGAAGUGGACAAAGAGGAAACCAAUCUUGGAGAGCAGUGAGCCGGACUAAUCCAAACAGUGGUGAUUUUAGAUUCAGUUUAGAGAUUAACGUUAACCGUAACAAUGGAAGCCAAAAUUCAGAGAAUGAAAAUGAACCAUCCACAAGACGUUCUGGAGGAGAGAAUUUGGACAGUAGCCAAAGGCAAAUAGAAAGUUCACGAUCUGAUUCCACAUCUGUGAGAGCAUUUAGAUCAGAACGAGGUUCGACUGAAGCAAUAAUGGGAGUUAUACCUACCAGAGGCCAGAGAAGGGCAAGGAGCAGGAGCCCAGACCAUCGCCGAACCAGAACCAGAGCUGAAAGAAGUAGGUCACCUCUGCAUUCAGUGAGUGAAAUGCCACGACGAUCUCAUCAUAAUAUCUCAUCUCAAACUUUUGAGCAUUCUUUGGUAAAUGAGACUGAGGGAAGUUCUAGAACCCGGCACCACGUGACAUUAAGACAGCAAAUAAGUGGGCCUGAUUUGCUAAGUAGAGGUCUCUUUGCAGCAUCUGGAACAAGAAAUGCUGCUCAAGGAGCAGGUUCUUCGGACACAUCCAGCAGUGGUGAAUCUACAGGAUCAGGGCAGAGACCUCCAACCAUAGUUCUUGAUCUACAAGUAAGAAGAGUUCGUCCUGGGGAAUAUCGGCAAAGAGACAGCAUAGCGAGCAGAACCCGGUCUAGGUCUCAGACGCCAAAUAACACUGUCACUUACGAAAGUGAGCGGGGAGGUUUUAGGCGUACAUUUUCACGUUCUGAACGGGCAGGAGUGAGAACCUAUGUCAGUACCAUUAGAAUUCCCAUUCGUAGAAUCUUAAAUACUGGCUUAAGUGAGACUACAUCUGUUGCAAUUCAGACCAUGUUAAGGCAGAUAAUGACAGGCUUUGGAGAACUAAGCUACUUUAUGUACAGUGAUAGUGAUUCAGAGCCUAGUGGCCCUGUCUCAAGUCGAAAUAUGGAAAGGGCAGAGUCACGAAGUGGAAGAGGGGCUUCGGGUAGUAAUAGUAGUUCUGGAUCCAGUUCCAGCUCCAGCUCCAGCUCAAGCUCCAGCUCAAGCUCCAGCUCCAGCUCAAGCUCAAGCUCUAGUGGUGAAAGUUCGGAAACUAGCUCAGAGGUAUUUGAAGGCAGUAGUGAAGGAAGCUCAUCUGGUAGCAGGCGAGAGGGUCGACACAGGCCUCCCCCCACAGUAACAUUUGAUGACGGCGGUUCUUUGCCUUUCCUUAGCCUGGCUCAGUUUUUUCUUUUAAAUGAGGAUGAUGAUGAUCAACCUCGAGGACUUACCAAAGAACAGAUUGACAACUUGUCAAUGAGAAGUUUUGGCGAAAAUGAUGCAUUAAAAACCUGCAGUGUUUGCAUUACAGAAUACACAGAAGGCAACAAACUUCGUAAACUACCUUGUUCCCACGAGUACCAUGUUCACUGUAUUGAUCGCUGGUUAUCUGAGAAUUCUACUUGUCCUAUUUGUCGUAGAGCAGUCUUAACUUCUGGUAACAGAGAAAGCAUUGUGUAAUUAAAGUCUGAACUCAGCUGUGUAGCUGGUAUAGUGAUGGGCAAACAGGAAACAAAUGCUUUAUGCCCACUUUUUGAGUGGUGCUUAAAUAUAAAAUCACAACCUGAAUUCAGUCACUGCUUUUUUGAAUGAU